AUGUCUCAAGAUACUGAGGAUGAAGACCUUGAGUCUAAUACGGGCACAGAUGAGGAAUUGUUAAUGCACACUUAUUAUACGCUUCCUGACAAAUGCAAAAAAUACUGGCAAAAAAGAUAUAAACUUUUCAAAAAAUAUGAUGAGGGUGUCUAUAUGACAUCAGAAUUAUGGUAUUCGGUGACACCAGAGGCUGUUGCCAGAUAUACUGCGAAAAUAGUAUCCAAAAUGUUACCCGAUGCCAAAGAGAUUUUAGAUGUUUGUAGCGGUGGUGGAGGGAAUAGUAUUCAACUUGCGAAGUAUUUUGACCGUGUCGGAGUAAUAGAUAUUCAACCUGUCAACGUCAAUUGUACGAUGCAUAAUGCUGCCGUAUACGGAGUUGACCAUAAGUUAUGGCCCGUUGUCGGUGACUGGAAUAAGCUAUCCAAGGAUCAUGAAGAUGGAUCUUUAAAUACAUCUUGGAUCCCAGACGACAUUAAAAGCAGAUCCCCUUAUCCAUUUGAUUUUAUAUUCUGCUCUCCUCCAUGGGGAGGCCCUUCCUACAAGCAUAAGAAAUUCCCUUUCAGGUUGACUGAAAUGGAGCCUUUCUCAGUGUAUGAGCUAUGUACGAGCAUUUCGAAGUAUGCCGAAAAUUAUGGGUUAUUUUUGCCAAGAACUCUGGAUCUUGACGACCUUAGAGAUAUCACAGAAACUAUCAGUGGUGUUACUGGAAGAUGCAGAGUGAUAUAUGUCAAUCAAAAUGGAUUUUGCAUAGGCAUGCUUGCACUAUUUGGACCCGCAAUGACUAAUACAAGUGAUGACCAAAUAUAA